AUGAUAAGCCCUUCCAUUCAAAAUGAGAUCAUUGAAUCAAUUGAUAAACAGAUAAAGAACUUUAUACUUAUACUGUUGCUACUCUUGAGUCUUGAAGAUCUCGAAUGUCAUGAUUCAAAUCCUGAGACAUCAAGUAAAGCAUCAUUAUAUGUCAGUGCAAUAACAAAAAGUGAUUUUCUUGUUUCCCUUGAAGUUGCUGUAACUUGUUUUUCUUAUACAUUACAAGUUAAGUCAACAGUAAGACAAGCUUUAGAAACCAAACGUAAAAAUGCAGAUCAGGCUUUCAAAGAAAUAAUGAUUAGUGUCACUGAAUUAGCUUUAAAAGUUGGUGCAGAAAUAACCAUGCCUAGAACAUGUGGGAGACAAACUAACAGAGUUAAUGUUAAUGCUAAGGACCCUGAAGAGUAUUAUAAAAUAUCAAUUUUCAUACCAUUUCUUGAUAACUUAAUAAAUCAGUUACACUAUAGAUUUGAUAAAAGACUUCAACAAAUGAUGCCACUAGAAGGAUUAAUACCAACUAAUUUUGGACACUAUGACGAUACAUCUAUUUUAGCGGCUGCUUCUGUUUAUGAAAAUGAUUUUUCAGUUAGCAUGAUGUCAUGUUUAAAAGCAGAAAUAUUUAUUUGGAAAAAACAGUGGGAAUCAGAAACAAAUCUUCCAGGGUCUGCCGUUGAAGCACUUCAACAUUGUACAGAGCUCUUGCCAAAUGUAAAGAAACUUCUACAAUUAGCUACUAUGACUGGAGAAAGAUUAAAUGGCUUAGCUCUAGCUAAUAUAAACAAAGAUGAUUUAGACUGUGAUGAUAUUGAAAAAUACAUUUUACCAGCUUUUAUAAAGAGAUCUCCAAGAAGGGUACAAAUAUUGGACUGGACAAAAUAA